GGAAAAGAGGAAGCAAGUAGUCGACAUCCAAGGCUGGCCCAACCCAGGGGCUGGGACGGGGGCAAGCCUCCUGGAAACACGGAGGGCAGUUAGCACAGGAGGCUGCCCAGUGUCAGCGAAGGGAGGGCUCAUAGGGUGAGGGCCCCCCAACAGGGCUGAGGGCACGCUUGAGCCAUAUAAGGCUGGGGUCAGUGGCUGCAGCCAAGACCCAGGUCGUCGACGAGUGAAACAGAGGGGCAGGAACGCCAGUUCCGGCCUCCAUGGGAAAGGCCGGUUGAUGGCUUUUGUUUCCAGAAUUAAGGAGCUGAGUUUUUCUUCCAGAUGAGAGCGACAGUGUGUCUGCACUGCAGAGCAGUAACGAAACACUCUACUGUGAGGCUGAAGCCCCUGUGGCUGUUGAGAAAGAGAAACCAGCCCGGGAGAGCUCAGAGACAGAUCUUGAGAUCGAAGAUACCGAGAAAUUUUUCACCACUGGACAAAAGGAGCUGUACCUGGAGGCCUGCAAACUGGUGGGCGUAGUGCCCGUCUCCUACUUCAUCCGGAACAUGGAGGAGUCCUACAUAAACCUCAACCACCAUGGGCUGGGCCCCAACGGAACCAAGGCUAUUGCUAUAGCCCUGGUGUCCAACACGACUGUCCUCACGCUGGAGCUGGCGGACAACUGCAUCAUGGAGGAGGGUAUCCUGAGCCUGGUGGAGAUGCUGCAGGAAAACUACUACCUGCAGGAGAUGAAUGUUUCCGACAAUGAUCUCGGCUUGGAGGGGGCCAGAAUCCUCUCCGAGUUCCUCCAGAAUAACACCUCCUCGCUUUUCAGUCUUCAGCUUUCAGGGAAUAACUUCAAGGAAGAAUCUGCAGAGCUGUUCUGUCAAGCCUUGUCGGUAAGAAGGCAGGGAUGUGGUUGCGGCCAGCCCCCUGAGCGAUGCUGCUGGGACAUGGGUGGCUCUGAGCGUCAGGAAGGAGUGAGGCCACUUGCCUGGUGUAGGGAGCUGCUGAGUGUUCAGACUCCAGUCCUAUCAAAAGCCUCAGCAAUUGGUAGGACUGUUUGGAUGGUGCUAAAUUCUCCUAGCAGUCAUCAACAGUUGUACAGGAAAUGAACUGUCCUCCGUCUAAGAACACUAGCCUACUUAAUUUUCGGCGUACGCGGGCCCCAUCGCAGUGCUCAAAGUGAGGCAUUUGCAGAGAAGACAGAGAAGACAAAAAUCACCUCUCUCUGCCCUGUUUCUUUCUCUAGAACAAUUACAGAAUUAAAUCACUGGAUCUCAGU